GCGCGGUAGAGAUAGUUUUGUUGUUUGUUUGUUUUACCAUAAGUGCAGAUGUUCUUUAAUACACACAAGCUUAGGGAUGCAAGGAUAUAAUUGAAACAAACUUGGGGGUAAUACUUGAAUACAACACGUACAGUUUAAUACAAUUCUCACGUCGUUGGAAUUACAACCUAAGGGAAGAUGGGUCGUGUUUCUCUUUUGAAAGCCUUUUGAAUCUGAUACUUGCAAUCACAGCUCAAAAGUGGUGUAGCGACCAUCGAAGCAAACGAGUUAGAGUGAGGGGUAAAGUUUUAUUCCCACACUUCGGUCAUUUAUUUGUUUUAGUUUAUUAACAAUUUGUUUUAUAUUUUUAUGACCGGAACAAUCGUGGACGGCUUGUUAUUUUGCAAUCGGGAAACUCCGCGAUUCAGAGAUGACACAGGUUUCUGCAGAGUGAAAAACAUAGAUAGACAGAUAGAAUCAUGAAGAAUCUUGUGUCGUUGUUGUUGUACCAUGGACAGAGACCAACAACAAAUGAUCGCGAAUCAAUUCCUUUCUGGAAAUCCGUCUCCACUGAAAAUUGCGUUGGCUUUGAAAAACUGAACAUCUCCGAGCACACCACAGGAGGAAAAGACUGAUUUUCCAAACUUUAAGCAAGUCAGAUGUCUCAUUAAUCCCGAUACUUCGGUUGAAGACGCUUACCAGCAAAUUUUAAAAUACAUUGCGUCUUUUAAACAUUGUCAUCGUAGCCACGCCUGAAAACGACUCCAUUUCCACAGCGCGAGAAGACGAUGGCGCGGUCCUGACUGUUGUUAAAUGUAAUCGUGUAGCUACACAUUUUACGUACAAAGUUUGGCGUUAAGUUUUGUGUUCAGAUAUGGAUGGGUGUUGGCGAUGGUGCCACAGGACGUGUGUGUGUUGCCUGACCGAGGAAGAGAGAAAAGACAUCGCUGUGGACAAGGAAAUAAGAAAGAUCCUCAAACAGCAGAAAAAGAAAGAGCGCAGGGAAAUAAAGAUCCUUCUACUUGGGACUGGAGAGAGUGGGAAGACCACCUUCAUCAAACAGAUGAGGAUCAUCCAUGGCAAAGGCUACAGUGAAGAGGAGCGCCGGGCCUUCGCCAAGCUGGUCUACCAGAACAUCUUCACUGCUAUGAAGGCCAUGGUGUCUGCCAUGACCACCCUCAAGAUCCCAUAUGCCAACCAAGAGAACCAGAUGUACGCUCAGUUUGUGCUGAAUGUGGACACCCUACAAGUCACCCAGCUGGAGAGGGGAUACGUGGAUGCUAUCCGCCGCCUAUGGGCUGACUCUGGCCUCAGGAACUGCUACAGCCGCCGCCGGGAGUACCAGCUACUGGACUCCACCGAGUAUUACAUGGUCAAUUUGGACCGCAUAGCUGCCCCAGACUAUAUCCCCACUGCUCAGGAUGUGCUGCGGGUUCGAGUCCCCACCACGGGCAUCAACGACUACUCCUUCUCGGUGGAGCGCAUCUCUCUCAGGAUCGUGGACGUGGGGGGUCAGAAGUCGGAGCGGCGGAAGUGGAUCCAUUGCUUCGAGAACGUCACCUCCCUCAUCUUCCUGGCUUCACUCAGCGAGUAUGACCAGGUCCUGGAGGAGGAAGAGACCGAUAACCGCAUGCAGGAGAGCAAGGCGCUGUUCUACACCACCAUUCACUCGCCCUGGUUUGUCCGCGCCUCUAUCAUUCUUUUCCUCAACAAGAUGGACAUCCUGGCUGAGAAGAUCCAGACCUCGGACCUGCACACCUACUUUCCCGCGUUCACAGGGAGGAGGCGCGAUGCCCCGGCAGCCAUGGAUUUCAUCCAGAGGAUGUACAUUCAGCAGGCGGUGAAUAAGGAGAAGAGGACAGACGAGAAGAACAAGACGGUGUACUCCCACUUCACCUGUGCCACAGACACGCACAACAUCCGCAAGGUCUUCAGCGAUGUGAAAGACACGGUGCUCAUCAAGUCCCUGGAGGAGUACUACCUGAUCUGAGAGGCUCGCUCGCCCCCGCCGAGCCGGAGCACGUGGCUCAGUCAGGACCGCUGAGCGGCGGAUGAGUCACACUCUUACAGUCGGGAGGUUCCCUGGAGGAAUCCAUUACUGCUGGAAGAAUACUUUUAAGCAGGGCCUGGAGGAGCGCCAGAGGAGCAGCUCCCGUCCCAGGCCCGGGUCGCUGUUCUGAGGCGCACGCCACCAACGGAUUCCCCGAAGUGACCUCAUGAGGCUGAAUAUGUGGAGAAUUUGAAUCCCUUCUACUUUGCUGUUAAUACCGGGUUGCUGAAAAAUGUUUUGCCUCAGCUGUUAAAAAAAGAUUUGGUUACAAAAGCUAGUAUAACGGGUGUUACGAGAAGCAUCGCUCAUGUGCUCGCUGCGGAGAAAAAUCUUUCCUUUUCUGGUGCACUCGGAUCUCUGAAAAGAAUGAAAUCUUUGAACUCUCUACAGCUUGGAUGUGACCUCUGGGUGGCAGCUUGGCUGUUUGAUACUGUGAUGUCAGAACAAAGUGCGCGGGUAGUCACAUCACAGAAGGAGAGGGCAGCCUUUGUUAUUCACGGGGCUCAUGCUGAUUGGCUAGUGCAGGGGACACAGAUGCAGCUUGCUCAGUCCAGGAUGGACCCAUGCUUUUUUGAGAAGUGAGCUCUGAUCACUUUACCACUCGCAUGUGUUCAGCAGCAUCCUCUCCCCCCUCAACAGAAUGGAGGGGAGAGCCAGUACUGUGUGUUUAGUCACAGAGGGAAGAACGUCAGUGUAUCAAUGUAUCAAAUUUCAGAUGAGAAUGUUUAAAUGAGGACGGUAUUUACAUCUUCGAAGCCAAACUGCUAAUUAAGCCCUCUGCCAAUCUCCAGUAGUGUUGUCGAGGCUGAAAACUAUUAAAAUAUCUAAUUAAAUUCCUAGGAUCCAGUUAAGGAUGCAAUUAAGUGAAUGAGAACACUGCUGAAAAGAAAGCUAUACCACGACUGCACUGUGGGUGGUCCAGGGCGAGGACUGAACUCUGAACUCAAAGGAUGUUAUGGAAGUUCAUAGGAUGUUCUGUAAAAGCUCUCUCUGACAGGCAUUGGUUGAAAAACUGGACUGACAAUAUGGCCUUCUCCAGCUCCUCUUCUCUAGUGUAUGUUGUUUGAGCUGUAGUCAUCACUGACUCCCCAAAACAAGUUAUUGUCAUUAGUGGAUCUCCUGUAAAAGCUGCACCUCCCUCACAUACACACACACACACACACACACGGAAUUUUAUCACUGGGUGUGAGGCUACUGAGGCUAUAACUCUAAUUAUUUAUGAGUCCCAUUAUUCAGAUUCAUACCUACCUCCUGAUGUGUACGUACUGUAGUUCACCAAAAGUAAAUGGAGUAACGCAGACAAAACUACAGCUGAAAAAGCCAUGCUGCAUAUUUUCAUACUUGUGCUAAUUGGUGAUGUUAGGAAUGAGGUGAUGGCUCCCUAAAAAUUGCUCUCCAGCACAGCAGACAGUAAGCCGGCACCAUGGGAUCUCAAUGCUACUGACAGUUGAUAUUAAAGUGGAAAGUAGCAGUUCCGCUGUGGUUCAAGGGUUGCACCCAGCUCUCGUCAUUACACCUGUCAUCAGACUGGUGAGAGGUGCACAAUGACCACAGCUGUGUCCAACCGUGGGGCUGUGCAGCAGGGGCCCAGUUGUCCAACAAUGAAUUCUCUCUCUGCACAUUUGACAGGGGUGUCCUACGCCCAGUGCAGCUCUCAAUAUUUAAAUACAAAUGUGUGGCACUGUGUACCCCUGUAUGACAAAGUGAGUUUAGUGACAACCACGUACUGUGAUUGAGCACUAAUAUGCUCUGUUCCGUGAUCAUCACAUUCUACUCUCCAAACUGAAGGAGGUACUGUGUGGGGAAUCGGACUACAGAGUCUCCACAUAGAAUAAAAAUAAGAAUAAUAAUGCUAGGAGGGAAGCCUGUUGGGCUUGUAAAAGGGACAGGUAUUUAUUGCUAGUCGCAAAUCUGUGUGGAAUAGGAACAUUAACCAUGAUGAUAGAAGGGAAGGAUGUUGUUUUUGUAAAAAAGGAGAGGUAUUUAUCAGAAGUCCCAAGAUGGAAUGUAGAUGCUGCAAAGAGAUGAUGUUGACAGGAAAAAAAUAAGUUUGUAUAUUUCCCCUCUAAUUAGA